UUAGGAUGCGUCGAGAAAAUGUCAACAACAUGCCGCAGACUUCCAGAGAAACAGAAAGUGAGGAGGAAAUGAGAGACAGACAACAAAGAAAGGAAGAAACCCCGGCGUCUCAUAACAUCGUGACUUUAAUAUCUCAGUUCGCAGAUGAUAAUUUAACGCUCGUGCGGAAUAUAAGCACUGGACUGGCCAUUGCUGGUGUAAUUGUCAUAGCAAGGAGUAUCAAACUGAUCACAAAAUUUCAAGCUGCGUGUGACAUCCCCGCACGCUUUAUUGAGAGGAACGUCAGCCUUCGUGGGAAAGUCCAUUCCAUCACAGAGAAAGGAUUUAAAGUGGAGCAUGUCCCAAUUUAUCUGCCUGUUAUCUCUCCAUUACUUUCAAAGUAUAAGGAUGUGUCUACAUCCCUGCUGCUGGUCCAUCUUGCAGGAGUGGAGCUGACACCAGAGGGAAAACUAUGGCUGGAGAAGAACGUGGCCCCUUCCCAAAUGGUGUGGUUGAAGCUUAUCAGCCGAGAGGAGGACAUAUUGCAUUGUUUGGUGUCUCAAAGCAGGGGGUCAUUGAGGAGCUACUGUAUGAACGAAGAGGUACUCAGGCUCGGACUGGCUCGCACUGCCCCCGUAGCUGGUGUCCUCCCUGACUCGCGCCUCUACUGGCGUCUCCACAGACGACUGCACAGGGCAGAGGUGAAAGCUGAGAGGAAGGGUCGGGGUAUGUGGAAGGAGGACACCCUGUGGGAGAGAACUUCAAAAGCUAUCAGGGACAACGCUGUAUUCAGACUGAUGAAGAGGAUCUUUAAAAGAACCUGAUGCACCAAGUGAGCGAUGAUUUCCAAGUCAGAAUCCCAAAACCUUUGUUGGAAGUGUGGAAGUGGAAGCCAAAAAUGUGAUAUUUUACAUUCCCUUUAUUGUGCACUUAGGAUUUCUUUAAGUCUUUGAUCUGCUUUAUUUUCUCUGAUACUUAAAAAAAUUCCCAAGAAGUACAUUUAUGCAUCAAAUCCUUAGUGCACCUGUUGCAAACGAUUGAAACGUGUUUUACUGUGUUUCUCAGUCAUAAAAUGCUUGAAAUGAUUGAAAAGGUUGUUGAAAGCUCUUCUUCCCUGAGCUUUCAUUACCAAUUAAACUAGAGCUAGACACAGCCUCGUCUGUUGGCGAGUGUGUGUAUGUGUGUGUGUGGGGGGGGGAAACCCCACUAAACUCAAGACGGGGGUGGGGUAUUUAAUGGUGUUCAAAAUAAAGGGGGGUCCACUUGUCCACAGUUGCUAUAGAAACACCAAAUGUGAAAUACAAAGCGAUUCCAAGGCUAAACUCUAUAUUGGUGGCCCCCAAACCCCAUGGGAGCCUUAUAUAUUGAGUGUGUGUGUGUGAGGGGGCUUUCAAGUACCUAUAAAGAGGGCCCUUUUAGUUGUAAUGUGACCAGUACAUUUAAGCACUAAGCACAGUGGGAAAUGGGAGAUCAAAUCUAUUCUCUUUCAGAAUGCUACAUGCUGUUAUUGCAGGCAUGAUUGAAAAAUCUCAUGAGUGAUAUUUAUCUGCAAAUGUUAUUCUAAUCAGCAUACAUCGACACCUGCAUCAAAGCUAAUUUCCUGUUGAGGAUCCUGCUCCUGUUAUUGCUUUUUCUUUGCCAACAUUACACCUUGUGCCUGUGGCUGUUACACAUGCUUCAUCCGAGCAAGGCAGAUGAGGAGGAGGUCCUGCAAAAAUGAGGCCAGUCAGCGAUGCGUCCUGAGGGGUGCGGGGUGGGGGAGUCACAGUGUAGCGAGAGGUGAAGCAGUCAAUCCAGUGGGGCACAAGGAGAUUAGUGCAGAGGAGGAGGAGGAGGGUCACAGGGGUAGAAGGGGAUUUUGAGUUUGAACACAAAGGCAGAAGAGGAGGAGUCACAGUGGUAGGGAAAGGGAGUGAACGCGGGGGGAUGAUGAAUCAGAUUUCUCUUUUGUUGUGCAAAUGUUACUAGCCACUGUUACUGCCUAAGAGGCUGGUGAUUGGUGGGCUGGUUUAAAUUGUAAGGUGCAUUUCAGGCUGAUGGCUGUUGCUGCUAGACUUUGAACUGUCACUGAGGGAGGAGUGGGAGGGAAACCACGGCUGUGACAGACAGCAGGAGGAGGGCAACAUUUCUAAAGCAAGUGAUCACAGAGAGAGUGUGCUGUUUAAUCAGGAGGUUUAAAUGUUUUAGUUAGCUGUUGGUGUAACUUCUUCUUGUAUCUCAAUUAAAUAAUGGCAAUUUUAUAUUUUUGGAGAUAGCUGAGCAGUACUGACAUAUAGUAAAUAGUUAAAAAUUAGUUUCCAGGUAACCAGGGAGCCUUGAUUUAGAAGAACCUGUUUCUUAUGCACUACCAGAAACGGUUAUGACUGUUACAGUGUCCAGUAUAGUACGGUUAACAUUUUGUGCAGAUAAAGAAAAAUAGAAACGGAUAUGUCAUAGUGGAGAAAGCAUUAGUAAAGACGCCAGCUUACGGAGGCUUAUGCCUUUAAAUGUUGAAGUAUUUAAAAAGCCUGUUGUGUCUUUUUAGUUUUAACUUAAGUAAAUCAAAAUCUGAGUAAAUUAUGAAACACAGUCCACUCCGAAAUCCGUUCCAGGCUUUCCCCAGUUCACUAGUCCCACACCAGUAGUAGUCAUUUGAAAAGGCACCAUGCUUGAUCUAGUGGUGGGUUCUUACCCACACAGUGAAGUUGUUGGAGUCUUCCCUGCCUUAAACCAGACCACUGGGACUAUAACAGAUUUACACUAGUGCCUAAUGCUAUGGAAGUCCAGAGCCUGAAGGACUUCUGUAUUACUACCAGUGAACGUGGCAAGAUUUUGUAAAGAAGGACAACUUAACUUCAAAAUCAGAAACUGGAGUAAAAGACGUAAGUGGGCUGAUGGAUUCUUUCUUUCUUAAAUAAAUACGGCAAAUCUUUAACUGUUACUAACUUAAAAGGCUUACUUUCCAACUGUGCACUUUAAGACUAAAACAAUCUGCACUCAGUCUGCUGUCACUUUAAAUGUACUGUUGUUAGGACAUUGUAUGCAGUAUCCAAGCAGCUGUGCACCUGUUAAACCUGUGUGUCUACCUGCACACAAGCUCUAUUAAACCAAAACUCAAGACAUUUCCAUCCUUAUCUUUAUUGUCCUGCUCCAGGUAAGACAGAGUCAGGCUUAAAACGUAUCUCGGAUCACUUUGACCAAAACAAAGUGAAUAGCCUCAUGUGAUCAUUUAUACAUAUGUGUCUUGUUCUUUGGCUUGAAUGCUGCCGCAGUCAGUAAUUAAUCAGUGUGACUGAUUAAACGUUUCUGUGACAUUCAAUUUUGGCCACUUUCAGUGCUCUUUGCCAUGUGAGCUUUAACAACACAGAUUUGCAGCAGGGCAGCAUAACAAAGGCCUUUAUUACACUCAGCCGGUAGCCAUCCCAGAAAAAAAAGAGAUGGGGCACUCCCCCAUCCCAGAGCAUACUCCUUGGGGAUUUUUGAUUUGAUUUGAGUGGGUUGUUGUGAGUGGCUGGCCUAUGUGAAAGACAAAGAGAUUUAAAGACACAGCACAAAGUAACUCUCCUCACUGGUGCUACUGCCUCAUAAACUUUACAGAAUGCUGUCAGCUUUUAAUACAGGGACUGUCUUUGUGUGCUUACUGGAUGAAGUAUACGCAGACGGGUGACAAAUUAAAGGAAAAAUGUUAACCUGUGUAAUGAGAGUGUCCGAAUGUGGGGAACAUUUUAAUGGUAAAGUCUGGGUUUCUUUAACCUGCGACAAAACAUUUCUAUCAUCACUGGAGUGGUGACUUUUAUGAUGACAAACCCGCAUCCACAACAAACAGAGUGUCAUUAAAGCUUGACAAAGUUGACACAGUUUGACAAAGUGCUGAUGAGAGGUAAAAGGGUGUCACAUAGCUUAAAUACGUUCAGCUGCUUUUUUCCCAACCCAUUUAGAAAACAACACAUAGCUAAUCAACAAAACACUAAAAUAAAUAAAUAAAUAGAAGGUAAGAACACUUUGUUCUAAUUUUAAGACAUAUUUUAAAACAGGCAGUGAGGAAGCCGUCCUAACAUGGGCAGAAAGGUCAUUCAACAAUUUUGGUCCAUAAGGUUAGACUGAGCUCGCUAUGCCCAAGUUGGAAAUAUCUGUUGGAAAAAUGGUAAUCCAUGUUCCCCAAAGACUUAAUAUAGCAUAGAAUGUAGAAUGGCAAAGCACAGUGAAACUACACUAGCAACCCGGUAUGUUGUUUUUUAUCUUCAAUUUGUCAGCAUACUAUAAACUGUCAUUAGUAUAUCAUUUUUUCAUGUGCAGUUCUGUCUUGUGAGCUUAGUUUUCUAUUGAAUGAGUCAGCUGUUUUUUUCAUCUUCUGUCACAAUAAACACGCACUGGUAACAGCUA